UUCCAAACGGUUGUCGCCCAGGGAAGGCGAGGGUUUUUCAAAACCAUCUCAUUCCUUCUCAUCACUGUACCGGUGAAAGACGGAGUUUCUGCUACGGGCACAUGUUAUAUUAAGGAUGAGUUCUGUUGAUGUUAAUGAUGAGAAUCGUGGGGUCUGCCCAGGAGGAAAGCACAGCUCAACUAGCGACAUAUUUGCCCUGGAUCAGCCAACUGGAAGGCCCUCCAUCCUGCGCCAGACGGAAAACCUGCCAAACAAGACUGUACCAAAGGGGGCAAAGGUUUGUUUUCAGACUCCAAGAAGAGACCCUGUGACUAAAAAAAUUCUGUCCCCCAGCAAGUCUGUCAAUUUGUCAAGCGUGGAUGAGCAUACAAAAGCUAUGGAUUUGGAUAAAUCAAAUACUCUGCCACAGCAGGCAACUGAGCAGCCCAAACAAGAAGUGUCCUCUUAUCCUGAUGACAACAUGCCAAUACAAAGCAAAGGUGGCUACAUGUUGGAUUUUGACAACCUUGAGUCCAUCAAUCCAUUUCAAGAGUCUAACAAGAUGGUCCUCUCUCCUGCAAGGCCUGCUUUUGACAUCUCCCCCGCAGAUCACUCCAAGUCUCAAAACACAACACCAGUGACUACUGUGGAGGAGUCUCUCAAAAUGGAAUCGGCACUAGACGAGACCCUUCCGUUCAGCGCGUCUGUAGAAAACUCACUGGCUGAUCUGUCUGCGGAUAUUAGCUCCACAGAGAGCAGUGUGGUCAUAGUGAAGAAGGUCCCAGCAUUUGAGGAAGACGAUUCCUGGCCUGUAACACCCGAUGAAAAACAACUUGGUGGUUCAUCUUCAAGCACCGAUCAAGACAAAUCGUCUGGCAGUUUUGCGGAGGAUGCUCCACUUCCAGCAACAGGUUCUUAUAACUUGGAUUUUGACAACCUUGACGCGCUGAAUCCUUUCCAGACUGGUGGCUCUAAAAUUCCAAAUUCACCUGUUCUUGGGAGAAAGGUAUCAAAUGACGAUGCACCUGCAGAGGAACACAAACCUGGAUCUGUUGUUGAGGUGGCCCAAGAGCUGCCUGUUGAGCGUGAGGUGAAGCCUAUAGCUACAGUGGCCCCAAUAUCUGCUAAUACAGCAAAACUUCCUGCUGUUGAAUCCCAGCCAGCUGAUGACCCAGUCAAGGAAGGCCCAACCAAAGAAGGCUCUGUCAAACUUGAAUUCAGUUUUGGCGACGACACUGAGGUAAAACAGGAACCACCACCUAAGAAAUUUGUCAAAAGGCCACCUGGUGUAAGACCUAAAGAGGGGAAGCGUGUCUCUGAUGUCAAACCACCAAAAGAAGCUGAAGUGAAGCCUGAAGUCAGUGAUGGAGAUGCUGAUGCUCCGCUGCCUAAAAGUUCUUACUCCUUUGACUUUGAAAAGUUCCACGACCCAAACUUCAAUCCUUUUGGAACAAAAACAAACAUAAACAACUCCCCCAUGUGCAGCAAGAAAUCCAGCCCAGAACCGACGGAAACUGCUGUUCAGGAGCAAACUGAUGACCCUGCGACAAAGGAGGCUGAACCACCAGCAUGUGCUGAGGAGAGUUUGCCAACUGCUGAACCGAACCCUGGCCUGGCUGCUGAUAAUAAGGUUGUCUCUGACUUUGAAACUAAACAAGCAGUACAGAAUCUUCCUGAGCCCGCCGAACCCUCUCGGCCUGAGCAGAAGUCACAAGCUGACAUGCUGGACCUCAAUGAGGAGUUUGUUUCUGGAGAAAUGUUCAUAACCAGUGACUUUGAUGGACAGAUUGACUACCUUGAACAGUUUGGGUCCAGCAGUUUCAAGGAGUCUGCACUGAGGAAACAGUCCUUGUACCUAAAAUUUGAUCCCCUUCUGAGGGAGAGCCCAAAGAAGUCUGCAGGCCCGGGUGCUCAAAUUCAAGCCCCUCCGCCCGCUGCCCCUGUCUUUCAACUUGAAAUGCCACAGAUGGCAGACAAAAAAGCAACAAAUGGACCACAAAAAGAUGACUUCAGACUGCUCGAUGAUGCUGCAGCACCAACUCCAAUCCUCGAGAGCUUCGUCCCACCUUUCCCACAGCCAGUAAACACUGAAGACGCCAUCAUUGAAGUGCUCAAGUACAGUCAGAAAGACAUGGAUGCAGCAAUCGCCAAAGUGCAGGCAGAAGCAAAAGAAAAGGAUGAGCAGUGGAGUAUUAAGUAUAAGAAGCUGCUUGAUGACGGUCAAGAAAUGAGGAAAAUAAUAGCUGAAUUUGAGCUUAUGAUUGCAAAAAUGAUGGCUGAUCAAGAAAAAGAGAGUGAGGUGGCCCAGGUGAAGCUCAAUGCAGCUCUGCUGGAGAAGGAGCAAGUGGCCAGCGACCUGAACGCCAUGGAGAGAUCUUUCUCUGAGCUUUUCAAGAGGCUGGAGAAGUACAAGGAGGUCAUAGAGGGUUAUAAAAAGAAUGAGGAGACUCUGAAGUCUUGUGCGCAGGACUACCUGGCAAGGAUCAAAAAGGAGGAGCAGCGCUACCAAACGCUUAAAGCUCAUGCUGAGGAGAAAAUUAGCCAUGCAAAUGAAGAAAUAGCUGAUGUGCGAUCCAAGUACAAGGCUGAAGUAUCUGCACUCCAAGCACAGCUGCGCAGGGAACAGCUGAAAGUACAGUCACUGGAGAAGAGCCUGGACCAGAGGGAGAAGGAGGCAGAGGAGCUCACCAAACUUUGUGAUGAACUCAUAUCCAAAGUGCAGAAGGGCUGAGCGCACUUGUAAAUACUGUUUUCAUUGCUUCUAUUCUUUAUCUUUAUGUCCAGAUCAUCUUCUUGUGUAGUGUAUUGUUUGUCUUUUUCAAUGUUAUAAUACUAUUUAAAAAAAAAAAAAAAAGGUUAAUAAAGAGGAUUACAUGAUUUAA